AUGGUCCCAAAUGAAGCCCAUCAGUACACUGGGAUUAUCCACUUGCUUAAGCAUUUUGGAUGGACAUGGGUCGGCCUCCUUGCUGUGGAUGAUGACAGCGGAGCCCAUUUCUUGCGGUUCCUCGAGCCAUUGCUUUCCAAGAACGGAAUCUGUUCAGCCUUUGUGGCGAGAAUCCCUAAACAAGCGGUUUGGUUUUCUACAGAGGUCUUCCGUGACCUGAAAUCAAAUGUGCUUGUACAUUUUACAGAGAGUAAAGUCAAUACAUUUGUUUUCUAUGGAGAAACUAUGAGUGUCAUACUGCUGAAGAUUGUGAGCAAUUAUAUGGAUGAAGAGUUUGGAAAAUUGUGGAUUAUGACAGCCCAGAUGGAUUUUGCAUUGACGAGAUUUGGAGACUCAGAUUUGCAACUGUUUUAUGGUGCCCUUUCCUUCACCAUUCACUCAAAUGAACCCCAAGGGUUUGAUACAUUUCUUCAAAUGACAAAGCCUUGCAGGACACAAACAAAUGGUUUCCUCAAGGAGUUCUGGGAACAAGCAUUCGACUGUUCUUUUCCGGAUUGCAAUGUGCCAGCAAGGGAUAGCGAAACAUGUUCUGGUGAGGAGAGGCUGGAGAACCUUCCUGGGGCUUUUUUUGAAAUGCGCAUGACAGGCCACAGUUACGGUAUUUAUAAUGCUGUCUAUGCUGUGGCACAUGCUUUGAGUGACCUAAUCUCAUCUAGAUCAAAACACAGAGCAAGGGUGGAGCGUAAAAGAGUUGAACUGCAAGACCUCAAGACUUGGCAGCUCCAUCCAUUUCUUCAAAGCAUUUCAUUUAACAACUCAGCUGGAGAGACGGUGUCCUUUAAUGAUAAGAUGGAAAUGGGAGGUGGAUUUGACAUCAUGAACCUGAUCAUAUUUCCAAACACCUCUGUCUUCAGAAUGACAGUUGGAAAGAUGGAUCCCAAGGCAUUUGAUGGAAAUGAAUUCACUAUUAAUGAAAAUAUAAUUGUUUGGCCCAAAUAUUUUAAGCAGGUGUUGCCCAUUUCAUUAUGUAGCAAUUCCUGCCAUUCUGGUGAACAUAAGGAAAAGAUGGAAGGGCUGAAAUUUUGUUGCUACAAUUGUGUUCCAUGCCCAGAAGGGGAGAUUGCAAACAUGACAGACACACAAUACUGUUUCAAAUGUCCACAAGAUCAAUAUCCAAGCAAGAACAAAGAUGGAUGCAUUCCCAAAGUUAUAACCUUUCUUUCAUAUGAAGAACCUGUAGGAAUCAGUUUAGUCUUCGUUGCGGUUUCUUUUUCCAUUGUUACAGCUUUCACCCUGGGAACUUUUAUUAAGCAUGAAGACACCCCCAUAGUCAAAGCAAACAACCGGGACCUCACCUACACUCUCCUCAUCUCCCUCCUGCUCUGCUUCCUCUGUUCCUUGCUCUUUCUUGGGAGGCCAAGGAAAGUAACCUGCUAUCUCCGACAGACAGCUUUUGGCAUCAUCUUCUCCAUGGCUGUUUCUUGUGUGUUGGCCAAAACCAUCACGGUGGUUGUAGCUUUCAUGGCCACCAAACCAGGCUCCAGCAUGAGGAAGUGGGUGGGGAAAAGACUGGCUAACUCCAUUGUUCUUUCCUGCUCCCUCAUCCAAGCUGGAAUUUGUGCCAUCUGGCUUGGAACAUCUGCCCCAUUCCCAAAUUUGGACAUGCAGUUUCGGACUAGUGAAAUCCUAGCAGAAUGUAAUGAAGGUUCUGUUAUAAUGUUUUAUCUUGUCCUGGGCUACAUGGGACUUCUGUCCGCCAUCAGCUUCACUGUGGCUUUUCUAGCCAGGAAGUUGCCUGACAGUUUUAAUGAAGCCAAGUUCAUCACCUUUAGCAUGCUGGUGUUUUGCAGUGUUUGGCUGUCUUUUGUUCCAACCUACUUGAGCACCAAGGGAAAAUACAUGGUAGCUGUGGAGAUCUUCUCUAUCUUAUCUUCCAGUGCUGGGUUGCUGGGCUGUAUCUUUUUCCCUAAAUGCUACAUUAUCUUGCUGAGGCCUCAAAUGAACAGCAAGAAGCAGCUUAUAAGAAGGAAGAAUUGA